CACACCCCUGUUGUCCAUGAUCAUGACCGGACCUGGAGGCACAGGCAAAACAUAUGUAGUAAAUGCCAUCAAGGCUUUCAUGGCACAUUACGGUUGUGCUCACUUGAUUCGAUUUUUGGCCCCUACAGGAUCUGCAGCGUCUUUGAUUGACGGUAUGACUAUUCAUCAAGGAUCAGGAAUCAAGAUCAAGACUGCGCGUCACGGCAAAACAACGAAAGAGGUGAAAAGCUUCUUGGACCCUUACCAAGUGGCACCCUGACUAGGACCCCAAAAAACCGGCACCUAGCACUGCGCCCACCAGCGCUCCAGACGUCUCUGACGCCUAAAAACCCCAACAGUUCCCCACCUGAAUCAGCCAAACCAGACUCGGCGACAAGCAACCGAAUCUGGCAAUAAUGGCAACUGGGAAGACAUGUUCAACGUCUAUAGGGCCUGGCAAUUCAAACAUCCGUGCCCCCACUCCCACAAAUAGAACCAGAACGUCCCAUCGCAACACGGUCUCAUUGUUGUUAUCAAGGGAUGAAAUAUUGCUCCAAGAAUACGAAGUAAAGGACAUAGAGAGCAGCAUAAACUUCCUAGAGAAGUCCCCUUUUCGCCAAUCAGGCAUUCUGUUCUCCCUUGAUAGUUUAAUAUUCACGAUCCUUCAUAUCACCCAGCACACAGGAAUCCCACGCGUAGUUAUCAAGGGCCUUCGAGCAGUGGCAUUGCACCUAGAAGACAGCUCAACCCGCAAAUCUACCAUUGCAGAAGUCGAUAUUCAGCAAAUCACGGACUCUCUCUCGGCCUCGCUAUCCAACCAUGUCGUAUCCACCCUUUCAUCUGCACUCUCCACCCAUGUGGUCGCAGCUAUCUCCCCACAGGUGGCUUCCAUUCUCACCACCUCGGAGACCCUCAAAGCGAACGUCAAGGAGAUAGCUAAACUGAAAACCACUUUAGCAGAGAACACUACAAUCGGCCCUGGUCUCGGAAGCGAAGCUGCAUCAAGGGCAGAACAGGCAGCGGAGGCUGUCCUCAACAGCAUAAUGGAAGUCAAAACUGUUAUGGAAGGCCUAACUUCUCCCCUCAAAACCGCGCUCCAGACAACCCCGAAACUUUACAGCACUAUAGUUCAGCAAAACCCGCAAACUCCAACCCCCGUAUCAGCAGCAUUAGUACGAGCAGUCACGAGAGACCAUCAGGUUCUCUUCGACCCUACACCGGGGCAGUCUCUCCUCGCACCCGAAGCGACGUCGGCCGACAUAGCGAAUAAAAUCAAACAGGCACUUACGACAACCCAGUCCAACGACAGACCCGAACUACACGUUAAAGCUACCACUCGCCUUCGAAACGGGGGCUUCGUAAUUGAGUUCACUACUGCUGAAGCUGCCACUUGGGUCCAACACCCCGAAAAUCGACUCAACAUCGCAAACGCCCUCAAUAACGCAGUAACCAUUAAAGAUAGGUGUUUCUCCAUUAUUGUACCUUUCUUAUCUGUUACAUCCAGGGUGGAGGAUUCAGCAUGGCUACGUACCGUGGAGGAGGAAAAUGGGUUGACACCAGGAGUCAUUGAAUCGGUCAACUGGAUCAAGCCACUCCAACGCAGGGCUGUAAACCAGCGGGUAGCCCACACCAUCUUUCACUUUACACAACCUAACAUGGCCAACAAAAUUCUUCGCGACGGCAUCUAUGUCGGUCAGGAGAAACUGCACCCUUGUAUAGAUGCCAAGCACCCGGAGAACUCAAUGCCAUACUUCCCCACAGAUGAAUCCUGGACACAAGUACUGUUACCACCACAGCCAGUUCCAACCAGAAAGAUGACAUCCUCAAUCCCACUAUCACCUCCGGCCACGGCACACCCUGUCUUGCGCCAAUCGAAUCUGCCUUUCGAGCUGAGACGACCUGUUAGAUACCAUCAACCAAGGGGUGCCCCACGACACUUUGGUCGAGGAGGCUUCAGAGCAGACACUCCUACAGGGCCGAACUCAAUUCCGCUCGUGGCCAAUGCAGGGUCCUGGGACUUCAACUCAAGUUUACCAACCAUUCAACGCACUCCCAGCCUGUCACGAGUACCUUUAACAAACCAUUAUUCUUUCUUGAAUCUUCCUAAAUGUCAAUACACAGCGCCUAAGUCAAACCCUAACCCUACCUUGAAAGCGUCUAUCAUUCCUGAAAUACCUUUAGCGCCCACGACAUGUGUCUUCAAUAUGAUUGAUGAAGAAGACGAGUUCUUUGAUUGUGAAUAG